CUCACAUUUUUCAAACACGGCGAAGGCGCGACCGCGGUUUCAGGCAGACAAUGAAGGAGUUGUGGAGGAAUAUAAAGCACGCAUGGACGAAUUACUAAGCAGGAUACGAUCAUGUGAUAGUGAUAUACAACGCCUCAGAGACAAGCUGGCCAGCAUUAUAGCCAGUGAGAAAUCCUCGACGCAAAGCUUACGGGAUGCUAAUGCAUCGUUGGUUAAGACUCAGCGCACCAUCAAUAUGUACCAGUCGCAAAGAGACGAGUUAGCCGAAGACGCGGACAACGAUCAGUACGACGAAACCAUCAAGGCGUACGAAGCGAAAAUCGCCGAGCUCGAUGAACAGUUGCAUGCGCUUGAGGCCAGCAAAGAAGACCUCGACGUGAAGAUCAAAGAGAAGCAGAGCAGUAAUGCUGACUAUCUCGAAGAACUGACGGGCAUGAAGAAGGACGAGGAGAAGCGCAACCAGGCCGUGGAGGAGAACAAACAACAGCUCACCAACAUUGCCGAGAAAUUACAGGCCAACAUGACAGAGAUACAACGCUGUACACAGCAGAUUGUGAAG